UGGGCUUUGGGAUGGACCCUGACCUUCAGAUGGACAUCAUUAGUGAGCUUGACCUUGUGAACACCACCUUCGGAGUCACUCAGGUGUCUGGAUUGCACAAUGCCAGCAAAGCAUUUUUAUUCCAAGAUAUAGACAGAGAAGUCCAUGCUGCCCCUCAUGUGAGUGAGAAAUUAAUUCAGUUGUUCCGGAAUAAGAGUGACUUCACGUUUUUGGCCACUGUACAGCAGAAGCCAUCGACAUCAGGAGUGAUACUGUCCAUUCGAGAAUUGGAACACAGCUAUUUUGAACUGGAGAGCAGCGGCCUAAGAGAUGAGAUUCGAUAUCAUUAUAUACAUAAUGGGAAGGUCAAGACAGAGGCACUUCCAUACCGAAUGGCGGACGGACAAUGGCACAAAGUUUCACUGUCAGUUAGCGCCUCUCAUUUACUGCUCCACGUGGACUGCAAUAGGAUUUAUGAGCGCGUGAUAGAUCCUCCAGAGACCAACUUUCCUCCAGGAAGCAGUUUAUGGCUUGGUCAGCGCAACCAAAAGCAUGGCUUCUUCAAAGGGAUCAUCCAAGAUGGGAAAAUCAUCUUUAUGCCAAAUGGAUACAUAACACAGUGCCCAAAUCUAAAUCGCACUUGCCCAACCUGCAGUGAUUUCUUAAGCCUGGUGCAAGGAAUAAUGGAUUUACAGGAGCUCUUGGCCAAGAUGACUGCAAAACUAAAUUAUGCAGAGACAAGACUUAGUCAAUUGGAAAACUGUCAUUGUGAGAAGACCUGUCAAGUGAGUGGACUGCUGUAUCGUGACCAAGACUCUUGGGUUGAUGGUGACCAGUGCAGGAACUGCACAUGCAAGAGUGGUUCCGUGGAAUGCCGAAGAAUGUCUUGUCCUCCUCUCAAUUGCUCCUCAGACUCUCUUCCUGUGCACAUUGCUGGCCAGUGUUGUAAGGUCUGCCGACCAAAAUGUAUUUAUGGAGGAAAAGUUCUUGCAGAAGGCCAACGAAUCUUAACGAAGAGCUGUCGUGAAUGCCGAGGUGGAGUUUUAGUAAAAAUUACGGAAAUGUGCCCUCCUUUGAACUGCUCAGAAAAGGAUCAUAUUCUUCCAGAGAAUCAGUGCUGCAGUGUCUGUAGAGGUCAUAACUUCUGUGCUGAAGCACCUAAAUGUGGUGAAAACUCAGAAUGUAAAAAUUGGAAUACAAAAGCUACCUGUGAAUGCAAGAAUGGUUACAUCUCUAUCCAGGGAGACUCCGCCUAUUGUGAAGAUAUUGAUGAAUGUGCAGCUAAGAUGCAUUACUGUCAUGCCAAUACCGUGUGUGUCAACCUUCCGGGGUUAUAUCGCUGUGACUGUGUCCCAGGAUACAUUCGUGUGGAUGACUUUUCUUGCACAGAGCAUGAUGAAUGUGGGAGUGGACAACACAACUGCGACGAGAAUGCCAUCUGUACCAACACCGUCCAGGGCCACAGCUGCACCUGCAAGCCAGGCUAUGUGGGGAACGGGACUGUCUGCAGAGCAUUCUGUGAAGAGGGCUGCAGAUAUGGCGGAACAUGUGUGGCUCCUAACAAGUGUCUCUGUCCACCUGGAUUCACAGGAAGCCAUUGUGAGAAAGAUAUUGAUGAAUGUACAGAGGGAAUCAUUGAGUGCCACAACCAUUCUCGCUGCGUUAACCUGCCAGGGUGGUACCACUGUGAGUGCAGAAGCGGUUUCCAUGACGAUGGGACUUAUUCACUGUCCGGGGAGUCCUGUAUUGACAUUGAUGAAUGUGCCUUAAGAACUCACACCUGUUGGAAUGAUUCUGCCUGCAUUAACUUGGCAGGGGGCUUUGAUUGUCUCUGUCCCUCUGGGCCCUCCUGCUCUGGUGACUGCCCCCAUGAAGGAGGACUGAAACGCAACGGACAGGUGUGGACCCUGAGAGAAGACAGGUGUUCUGUGUGUUCCUGCAAGGAUGGGAAGAUAUUCUGCCGGCGGACAGCUUGUGAUUGCCAGAACCCCAGUGUUGACCUCUUCUGUUGCCCUGAGUGUGACACCAGGGUCACAAGUCAAUGUUUAGAUCAAAGUGGACACAAGCUCUACCGAAGUGGAGACAAUUGGACCCACAGCUGCCAGCAGUGUCGCUGCCUGGAAGGAGAGGUAGAUUGCUGGCCGCUCACUUGCCCCAAUCUGAGCUGUGAAUACACAGCCAUGUUAGAAGGAGAAUGUUGUCCCCACUGUGUCAGUGACCCCUGCCUGGCUGAUAACAUGGUCUAUGACAUCAGAAAAACUUGCCUGGACAGCAACGGUGUAUCGAGACUUAGUGGUGCAGUCUGGACAAUGGCUGGAUCUCCCUGUACAACCUGCAAAUGCAAGAAUGGGAGAGUCUGCUGUUCAGUGGAUUUGGAAUGUCUUCAAAAUAACUGAAGUAUUGAAAAUGGACUCAUCAGAGGAGAAAAAAAUGGACAAAAUGACCAUCAAACAUGAUGAAGAAUAGGAGUUGCUUUUUAUAACACAAUUACCAAAGUCUCCAUCCUGAGGAAGGUGUUUGGGGUUGCCUUUGGACAUACCACUUUGCUCAUCCUUGCUAACCUAGUCUAGGUGACCUACAGUGCAGUGCAUUUAAAGUCUAUGGUUGUUAAAAGAAGUUUCCCGUGUUGUAAAUCACGUUUCCCUUAUCAGAUCAUUUUCGAAUACAUUUAACUGAUCUCAUGGUAAAUAUUGAUGUAUUUUUUUUGCUUUAUUUUGUGUACUAACAUAAUAGAGAGUCCUCAC